CAAGUAACCCCCGCUGGCUAGGGCCAGGGCUAGCUUCAACUCAAAAUAAUCGACUUUAUAGUGGCACCAACACAACCAAGUCGUGCUCAAAGCUGACUAAUUGCUUCUACUUACCGGUUUAGUACCUUCACGAAAGAGAAACUAAGUUACUUGAGGCCCAACCCAAACUUUCCUUUUGUUGCUCUCCAAGUCAAGGUGGAUCAGUAUCCACAGAACGAUCCGACAAGCUGCUCCACAGUCCCAUUGACAUUGUGGCUUAUUUCUACCUUAUCUUUUGUCACUCGGCUCGACAUUGCAUCUUGCCGUCUAAGGUCGAGUGGCCCUUCACCAGCGGGAACUCCUCCGAAGUAUCGGCAGGGAUGUGACCCUGGACCGCGACGAUGUCUCGUUUAUCAGGCCGUUCCAGUAUCUCCUCAGGCUCUGGCUAUCAGCCAUUGCCUACAUUUUCUUGUGAGGUUCCACCAGGCCAAGGGAAGGAGCCGGAGAAUGCUGAUGGAGAAGAGCUGUACGAACAAUGGCCACUGCCAAGUGUGCAGCGAGCAAAGCCGCCACGGAAAUCACCGAAGAAGGGCGCUGGAACUCGCAGCGCUCUGAAACCGCAGCACUUGAGGAAGCCAGCUGCCAGGUCACCGUCACCCAGGGUGACACAUACCAAGAAGAAGAGCAGCUUUAGGGAGAGGCAUGGUUUGGUGGUCAGUACUUAUAGUGGUGAAAAUGACGUGGUAGAUAGGACCAGUUCAUCCCAUGCCACGGCGCUGGGGCAGAAACAUGCAGACCGGCGGCGAGGCUCAACACCACGCAUUUCUUCUGUGGGAAGUAGGCCAGUAGGGAAAUCCCCAGCCAGACAGCAACUCAGGUCUGCGAACGAAGACGAUCACAGCCAUAGCAGUGGUGUAAGACUAACCUCAAACUAUGAUGUCACUUCAGAUACUGUCAGCAACGGUCAGGGGGUACUAUGCCCAUCCAGUCCUGGACGUCGGCAUUGGUCUGCUUCAUCCAGCACGUACAAGUCUAGUUUUGACGAAUCUGCCAGGAGAGGAAGCAGUGCCCAGAACAGGGACAAGCAGCAAGGGCAUUCUGCAGCAGAGAAGCGCCCACGGCAGGACGUACCACAACGUGCGUGGAAUGAAACACCCGUUUACGCUGUCGACAGUGUAACCAGAUCAGGCUGGAGUCUCGAUCAGAAUGAUGAAUACGAGAAAGAAAUGCAGAGAGUAGCGAGUUCUGGUAGCGGCUAUGACGGAGGAGAGUCGUCGCUAGCCGGUCACGUUCACGCCGACCCAGCACGCAUCCUGAAUUCGUUGCCGAGCCGUAACAUCGGACCAAGUCGUGUCAGCGUUCGUCGACUGCGCAACAUCAAGAAGAGUAGGCCAGGCAGUGCCACUGGUACAGUUGACAAAGCAAGCCUUCGCUGUGUGACCACAGCUAGUGGUCGCCAAUACUCUACUGCCGUUUGGAACAAGGCACUGGACACAACAGAUGUACCAAGCCUGUACGACGAAGUCUACCAGAAUGCUGAUGUCAGGCGCCUGUCGACGGUUAGCGAGGACCACGUUUCCACACACGGCAAGUCCAACCACACCAUUGAUGCCAGGCAAGCAAACACGCUUGCGGUGAAGCCCAGCUCAUUCUCCAUCUACAUGGCACCUCAUCACCUAUCUGUCCACGAUGGUGUACCGCAGCUUGGCCCGAGCAAGUCCGUAUUCUCCAUGAGUUAUGUUGGUGCAUCACAGAUUGCUGCAAGCAAGUCUGUCUUCUCCAUGAAUCAUGCCGGUGCAGCUAUGACCGGGAAUCUCCAAUCAAGAAGGGAUCAGCUUGACCAGGCCCGGCAAAAUCCGCCGCCCAGAUCGCGGCUAACAUUCUGGGAUGGAGUUUCAUUUCAAGCUUGGAAGCUGAAGAAGAAGAUACAAGGUCGCUUGAAAGAUGUUUGGUUCACCUUUGGAAUCUGGCGCACUUCAUUGAAGACUAUUGAAGGGAGGUUUGGUAGCAGCGUGGUCGCCUACUUCAGCUUCUUACGAGCCUUGCUCUUUUUGAACUUCUUCCUCACCGUAAUGACCAUAUCGUUUGUGGUGGCACCGCAAAUUGUCAGCGGAGAUAACAGGUCUUUCCUGAACGUCACAGAGUCGUAUCGCUGGGACCAGGUGUUGGUGGACUGCAUUGUGGGACGUGGUGUUCUGCGGGAAUCCAUUGUCUACUACGGCAUAUAUACCGAUCAAAAGGUCGGACCUUUCAACCUGCCGAUCGCAUAUCUUCUCACUGGCCUGCUGGUCCUCGUCACCUCCUUUGCCUGGGUGCUAUGGAGUAUUGGAUUCUCACACCAACAGCAACAGCUGCAGAAGUUCAACACAACGUACAAAUACACCAACAAAGUCUUCAGUGCCUGGGACUUCAACAUCGCUAACGAUGAUACUGCAAAGCUCAAGGCCAUUGCCACCCGCAGAGAGCUGGAGGAAUACGUUGCAGAUGACAAAACAUCACGGCAACGACUAUCCUGGCGUGAAAAGUUUAGACUUUAUCAGAGACGUCUGGUGGUAAACAUUCUUGUGGCAGGCUUUCUGGCCUUGGCUGGUUGGUGCAUCUACCUCACAACUAACCUUUCCAUUGAAGCAACGCGAACUGGUUUGGAGCCAACUCAACAGUCGACAACUGAAACUGCCAUGUACUAUUUGAAAACACUGGCAUCCUCGUUAACGAUAGCUGCAUUCAAUGCCGUUCUUCCGAUUAUCUUCGAGUCCCUGACUGCACUCGAGAAGUGGAGAACACCAAGGCAGGAAGUCAAGUACACUUUGAUGCGGACUGUUUCAAUCCGGUUUGCAUCGCUCGGUGUGCUAGUGGGAUCUCUAUUUCUGCGCCUGAGGAACUGCGACACCAAAAACAUCGUGACGUCUCCGGAGUGUGGGUGCUGGGAGUUGUCUGUUGGCCAGGAAUUUUACCAGCUGGCCGUGCUCAACUAUCUGAUAGUGCUCUUUUCCACACUAUUCGGAGGACUGGGACAGAGACUGAUGUACUCGAAGUGGGAUUGGUAUCAUAACACCAUUGGUCCCCCAAACUUUCCCCUGGUGCGCAACGUCCUGGAUCUACUCUACACGCAGAUGAUUAUCUGGCUUGGUUUCUUCUUCUCGCCCGUCUUGCCGGCAAUUGGUGUGGUGUCACUGUUCUGCUUCUUCUACAUCAAGAAAUGGGCACUGCUCUGGUUCAUGAUACCCUCUACAAAGCCUUACAAGGGUUAUCGCAACAGUCAACUCUUCAAUGGACUGUUACUUCUGGUACUGUGCCUCGCACUCAUACCAAUCGGCAUUGUCGCAUUCGAAGCUCGGCCAUCUUCUCAUUGUGGUCCAUUCAG